AUGAUAUAAAUUCCUUAUGCUAAUCAACAGGUUUCAUAGAUUAAAAUUGCUGAAAGUUAAAUUACAAAUAUUGACAAGAAUAUUAUAAGAGUAUUGCAAUUAUUUUCUAUCACUGGGCAAUUAGACAUGGAUAUUGAAAAUAUAAGUAAUUGAAAUCAUAAUUUUAGGACUUGAAUUAUCAGAAAACUCUCAUUUUUAUCCAGAAGCCUUAUUUACUUAUCUCAAAAGUUACACUCCAAUUGCAAAUCAAAAUCAAAAUCAAUAACAAUAAAAAUUUUUCGAUUUCUCAGUAAAUUAUUAUAUCUAUUUAGGAUCUAUAAUCUUCAUCCCCUUUGGUAAUCAAUAUAAUUAAUAGUUCAAAAGAUGGAAUUAUCAAAUUUGAAAACUUAAUUUCCUUUUUGAAUGAUUUCUUAUAAUCUUCAAUCAAUAUUAAUCAAAUUUAGAGCAUAGAAAGAAUAUAUCAUGUUAAUUAAUUUGCAUUUUAACAAGAUUAAGCACUUGAUUCCAUUAAUAAUGAAUAUCCUUUACCAUAAGAUGUCACUUCAAUUUCUAAUAAAAAAUAACCUAAAGUUUAAGGUACUACAAAGAUUCCAUUCGCUAAAUUAGAAAGCUUAGAAAAGGUAAAUUCUGGAGAAGGAUUUAAUUACUCAACUUUCAAAAAAUUAAUACUAUCAUAGUCAAUUCCUCUUGCUAAAUAAAAAGCUUAAAAGAGAAAAUUAAUUUAUGAAACCAAUUAAUAGUAAAAUGUUCAUAUUAAUGUUUUAAAAUAAUUCGCUAAAUUGUUAUAAUAAGAAUUAGAUUUAUAAAAUAAAUCUGAAUAAAUUAGAUUGCAAUUAAAUACUGAUAAGGCAUUUAAUCAUGUUGCUAUGUUUAAUAUUUUGGAUGUUCAUGGUAAUGGGGAAAUCCAAUAUAACUUUAUAGAAUAAUUAAUGAAUAAAGCUCAAAUUCCAUUUAAACCAUAAAUUUUUAAAGCUUUAGUUAGAAGGGUUAAUUUAUAGAGUAAUAGUAAUUCUCUAUCUGAGUGUGUGAUAUUUGAAGGUUUUCGUUUAUUGACAACAGUUUAAAAUCCAUACUUCAAAAUUCCAAAACCAGAAAUUGAAGCUUUACCUUCGAAUAUUGAAUAUUCAAGAAUUUUAGGUGCAGAAGUUAGUGGUCAAAGCUCUUAACAAUUAUCAAUUUCAAGAAUUCCUGAUAAACUCAAAAAUUCAACUCAAAAUUAUAGAUCCAAGCCAGUAAUCCCUUUGUAUUAUAGUACAAACCCAUAUGUUAAUGAAACAUUAAAAAAAUAAAGCAAAAUUGAAGAAAGCAAAAAAUAAAAUUAUGAUAGUAUAUAAAAUGAUUAUGUAAUUACUAAUUUAUAAAGUAGAUUGUCUAUGGAACAAAGAGAGAAUGGGAAGAAUUGUAACAUUCAAUGAAUUCAGGUGUGUUGAUUGACACUUAAUCAUUAAAAUCUUAAAUUUAAAGAAUUUAAAACUCAUAAAUUAAUUACUCAUAAACUUAAUUAAAUAGUAAAGCUCAUGCUUAAACAGAUAAAAAUGAGAUUUAAUUAAUACAAUAAUAAGCUUUAGAAGAAGAUCUUGAUAGAAGACGAAAUGAAGAAUUGUCUAAAUAAUUAUAAUAAGCCAUAAAUGCCAAUACAAAAGGAUAUUAUUCAAAUCUAAUCAAAAUUGAAAAAGAAAAAAAAGAAACUGAAGAUAUCAAUUAAUAUGUCAUUUAAGCACCUUGGUAUCAAAAUGAUAUGAAAAUCAAUAAAAAUGUCAAUCUUAUAAAAUAACAAUAAGAAUAAAUUCAUAAAUUUUCAGGUUUCAAAUAACCAAACACUGUAAUAAAUCAAACUUAAUAAAAUGAUUCAUCAAGAUUACCCCCUAAAGCUCCAAAAAAGGAAGUCAUUCAAUCUAAUGUUUAACCCUUAUAAUAAUAACAAAAUAAUAAUUAAUAAUAAUCUGCUCAAUCUUAAAUUAUACCAGACCAAGAUGUUUCUCCAAUUAAAUCAAGAAUUUUUUCAUAAUAAAAAUAAAAUCCACUUAUAUAUUAAGACAAUUUUCAAUAAAAAAUUAUGGAUUAUAAAUGUGAUAUCCCAAUUAGACAAUUUGAUUAUUAAAACUGA